GGGCUUUUCAUAAAACAGGGCUAGGUUCCUAUAAAGGAGGCCAGUUUUGGAGCAGGCGCUGAGCAGUGAACAUCUACCCACCGUCCAGCCUCCUUCCAACCAGUUCAAACCAAACAAGUCAUCUUUCCCCCCCAUCUCAGACCGCGCGUCCUCCUCAUUUUUAUUUUUUAUUUUUUCUUUCUAACCCAAUUUUUCUUGGGUUGUUUUUUUUUGUUUGACAUUUUUUCCCUGGAAGUGCAGCUUUCUAACUCCACCGAGCCUUCUCAAAUGUAUAAAAUGGAGUAUUCUUACCUAAAUUCCUCUGCCUACGAGUCAUGUAUGGCCGGGAUGGACACGUCGAGCUUGGCAUCGGCCUAUGCGGACUUCAGUUCGUGCAGUCAAGCCAGUGGGUUUCAGUACAAUCCCAUCAGGACCACUUUCGGGGCCACCUCCGGCUGUCCGUCCCUCACGCCGGGGUCCUGCAGCUUGGGGACCCUGCGGGACCACCAGAGCAGCCCGUACGCCGCAGUUCCCUACAAACUGUUCACGGAUCACGGCGGACUGAACGAGAAGAGGAAGCAGAGGCGCAUCCGGACCACGUUCACCAGCGCCCAGCUGAAGGAGCUGGAGCGGGUUUUCGCUGAAACGCACUACCCGGACAUCUACACCAGAGAGGAGCUAGCACUCAAAAUCGAUCUGACUGAAGCCAGAGUGCAGGUGUGGUUCCAAAACCGACGUGCCAAGUUCCGCAAGCAGGAGCGGGCAGCUGCAGCGGCCGCAGCGGCUGCCAAGUCCAAUUCUGGAAAGAAGUCCGAUUCCAGAGACGAAGACAGCAAAGAGACCAAAUCCACCGACCCCGACAGCACAGGAGGACCGGGCCCGAACCCGGUGCCCACCUCCAACUGCGGAGGACCGAGCCCCACUGGAGGGCAGGUCAACACCACCGGGAACGGACAGGUGGACCAAGUGAAGACUUCUGUGUCCACCGGCAUGGGGGUGACAGCACCGAGCCAAGGCUGGGCCACCGCUCCGGGGACCAUCACCUCUAUCCCGGACUCACUGGGCGGGCCGUUCGCCAGCGUACUGUCGUCUUUGCAAAGACAGAACGGAGCCAAAGCUACAUUAGUAAAGACCAGCAUGUUCUAAUGAAGCUCUAACAGCGGGGGGAGGAAAAAAAAACAUGAGCAGAGGAAAAGAGAGAAGUUUCCUCCUUCUCCGGAGACUGAAAAGCAAUUGCUCCAAGACAGACUUACGGACAAUAAAAAGCAGUUAAAAAGAAGAUGACAACUGUUAUUUUAUUUUUAUGCCUUGCGCAGUUUCUUGUGGUCAGUUGACACUUCUGCUGUAAAAAUAUCCAUCUUGACAAGUCAUGCUGUCUUAUAAUAACACCUUUUUCCUUAAAGCAAGUGCAGGUUGGGUAAAAAAAACUAUACUAAUACCAACAAAAUGACACCUGUGUUGAGAUUAUUCAAGCAUACAUUCAGUGCAAGAUAAUAUAUUUCAUCCCAAAUCGAAAUGUUCCUCGCUUUUUAAGAAAACCUACACGUUUAAGACUGAAUACCGGAUGAAGCGACUUGUUAAGUUGAAUAUUUUUCAGCCAGUUUUAAGAGCAAACACAGACGUCUGCGCUCUGGAAACGCAUCGCGCCAUCGGUGAGCAACGGAGCCUCGUUUAGUCACAUUACAUGUCAGAGUUCAACAGCUGCUUUGUUUGGUUAGAGAGACGUGACUGAGGAUGCUCUCUCACUAAAAUCCGCGGUCUGAAACAACAAAUAUCCAACGAGACGCUGACACGUUUUUUUUUUUUUGCUUUUCUGUUUCUCUAAAGACACAACCUGCUGUGUGGAACUAUAGCGUCUUACUUACAGCUGUGUUUUUGUUUCCAGGGCUGCUGAGAGUUUAGUUUCUUUAAAUUAUCGAUAUAAACACAAUUAUUUCCUCGAGAGAAAAAAAGGCACAAACUACUGCAAUGUUCACCUCUGACAGGAAAAAAAUCUGUAUGUUUUGUGUGUCUUUCUACGGCAGUGUUUUUGUGGCUCAAAUUGUAUAGUGUUAAUACGUAUUAUUGUCUCCUAUAGUUGAACCAUAGGCCAUACUCCCUCGUAGAUCGAUCAUACAAGUCUUUUUGAUGUUUUACAAAAUUUCCCUUGGAAGAAUUUAUUUUGGGUAAAAAAAAGGGAAUGGAUGCAAACAUUGUAUUUAUUUCUAUAUAAUUUGCAUGUUGUCUCUUUGUCUGAUUUUACAAUGAUUUCCCUCCCAUUUUGUGAGCAUUAUGUAACAUGUUUUGUCCAGGAUCUGAAAGUUAUUUAUAUGUAGGUAAUGAAUGCUUAUAUUUAAGAAGGAAAUAUUUCUACAUGUGCACAUAGUUUUCCAGGUGUACCAUUGAAAUGGUUGUUGAUGAUAAAAAACAAAAUAAUAGUCCAAGUUGCUUUUGUCAUGUUUUCUUUG